UUUAUUUGUUGGCAUUCUUUUUUUUUCAAGUGAAUUACAAAAAAAUAAAAGGAAAACCCGCUGACACAAAACGAAACUGAGCCCCAAACAAAACUGUGACAAAUUGUAAUCACAAAAAAAAAAAAAAAACAAAAACUAAAACAACAAGAAAAAAGAUCGAGACAAUAAAAACUCUUGAGCGCGCUUUGUCGCUCUUCUCUGUGUCUGUGUGUCUGUGUGUGUGUCUGUGUCUCAGAAGAAGUUCGAGCUAAGCGCAAGCUGCUCAAAAGCAAACUCUAAAUACGAACAGGUGCAAAAUAUAAAUAAAUUUGCAAAAAGCAAACAAACAAAAAAAAAAACACAACACUUUGCCAGGCAACAACAGUUGCUUCGAGAAGAAGAGGAAGCACAGUUUGACAAGGGUAAGGGUUGUGUCUUCUUCCCUCUGAGCUUCUUCCCCUCAUUGCGGAAGUAGCCGGCGCAAAAGCCCAGCCCUAACGACAGCGAGCCGCGGUCGACGUCGUCGUCGACGUCGACGUCUCCUUCUCCGUCGCCAUGUGCUAAACGCAAGCAGAAGAAGAAGAAGAAGAAGCAGCAGCAGCAACAACAGCAAUUAGCACAAAUGGAUACGGUUGCCAUUAAAACAGCGCCGCCGCAUGCGCCACUUGCCACGGCUCAGCAGCAGCAGCAACAGCAACAACUGCAACAACAACAACAACAACUGCAACGUCAGUCAUCGAAUUCGCCCGCAACAAUUGGCGAUAAUGUCUACAACAACAAGAACAGCAUUGGCGCCUUCUUUCAGACCUGCAAGGUCUUGUGGCACCUGGACGCCUUCCGACGCUCGUUCCGGAGCCUCAAUCAGCACGUUUGCGGCGGCCAAGAUUGCAUUUUCUGUGCGCUGAAGGAAUUGUUCCAGCAGCUGCAGACCAGCUCGGAGCCAGCUCUGUGCCCGGAGCCACUACGUCGCGCCCUGGCCAGCGGCCCGCUGGCCGGCCGUCGCUUCCCACUGGGCUGCCUGGGCGAUGCCGCCGAGUGCUUUGAGCUGCUACUCCAUCGCGUCCACUCGCACAUCUCGCCCGACGACGGCGACUCGUGCGAGUCACCGGCCUGCAUUGCCCAUCGCCGAUUCGCGAUGCGCGUCAUCGAGCAGAGCGUCUGCAAGUGCGGCGCCAACUCCGAGCAGCUGCCCUUCACACAGAUGGUGCACUAUGUGUCAGCCUCGGCGCUGACCUCACAGAAGAGCCUCGCACUGCAGAACCAUCAGCAGCUGAGCUUUGGCCAGCUGCUGCGUGCCGCGGGCAACAUGGGCGACAUACGCGACUGUCCGAACACUUGCGGCGCCAAGAUUGGCAUUUGCCGGGCGCUGCUCAAUCGGCCGGAUGUCGUCUCCAUUGGCAUUGUGUGGGACUCGGAGCGACCCGCCGCCGACCAAGUGCACGCGGUGCUCAAAGCUGUGGGCACCAGCCUCCGGCUGGCGGAUGUCUUCCAUCAGGUCAGCGAACAGCGCUGGGCCCAGCAGGCGCAGCACGAGCUGGUCGGCAUUGUCUCCUACUACGGCAAGCACUACACCACCUUCUUCUUUCACACCAAGCUGAAGGUGUGGGUCUACUUCGAUGACGCCAACGUCAAGGAGGUCGGUCCCAGCUGGGAGGGUGUUGUCGACAAGUGCAGUCGCGGCCGCUACCAGCCUCUGCUUCUGCUCUACGCUGUGCCCCAGCCGCCCAGCUCAGCCGUUGCCGGCGUCGCCGCCAACAAUUGCGGCCUGGAGCUGACGUCGGUGCGACGCGCUGUUACGCCCAGCCCGGAGAAGCCCAGUCUGGGCAGCACGAGGCGCGCCAUUACGCCGACGCCGACGCCACUGGCCACGCCCACAGCGCUGCGUGCGCCCCUCAAUGAUUACCAGAACCUGAGCGUCAUCCAGAAGAACAUCUUUCCGGCCGGGCCGGCUGCCACGACGACGGUGGGCAGCGACGAGACGGAUGCCUAUAUCAGCCGAAAGACCGUGGAGCAUGUGUUGAGCGCACAGUAUCAGAAUCUGAGCGUCAUCCAGGACAAGAUCGUUGCCGUUGGCGACAAGGAGGGCGGCUUCCUCAACCGCAAGCCCAUCGAGGCGAUGUUGAGCGCCCAGCUGGCGCGCCGCCAGCAUCUGCAGCUGCAGCGCAGUCACAGCGCCGAAUCGAGCUCGGGCCAUGCGAGCGGCGCCUCCAAUGGCAGCUCGCCGCCCAGCGACGGCCUGACCAUACCGGAGCAUCUCAAUCAGCCGAGGCGACGCGACUCUGGCAACUGGUCCGGGGAUCGCAACAGCGCCAGCUCCGCCAGCUCCACAACCCUGGACAAUCCCUAUCUUUACAUGGUCGCCAAGCGGGGCGUUUCCGCCGUGCCCCAGAGUCCCACGCGUCAUGCUCACGCUCACGUCCACGGACAUCCACUCGGACACGGACACGGACAUGCACUGGGCCAUGCACAUGGACUGCCCUACGAUGCGGGCUACGACUCCUUCUCGCUCAGCUCGACUGACUCGUAUCCGCCCAAGCAUGCGCUUAAUCCCCAGCUGGCCAAAAUACCAGAGGCAGCUGCGGGUGCGGCUGCGGGCGUGACAACCAACGGAGCUGUCCAUGCACACGGACAGGGACACGGAAACGGACACGGUCUGGCGCUGACGGGAGACUGCGAGAAGCUGUGCCAUGAGGCCGACCAGCUGCUGGAGAAAUCACGUCUGGUCGAGGAGUCGCACGAUCUGGAGACGGCGCUCGUACUAUGCAAUGCGGCCGCGGGUAGAGCCCGUGCGGCCAUGGAUGCGCCGUACAGCAAUCCGCACACGAUGACGUUCGCCCGGAUGAAGCACAACACGUGCGUGAUGCGAGCCCGAAGUCUGCACCGGCGUAUACUGGUCGAGAAGGGCGCCGAAAGCGAGGCGAUGCCCGAGCUGAAGCAUAUGCGCGAGGGCAGCAACAGCUCCGUGAAGCAUAUGCGUCAGAACAGCAAGGAUCGAACGCUGGACAAGCUGGAGAAACUGGAGCCGAGCGCCGCGGCAGCCAAGAGCAUCGAGAUCUAUGCGACGCUGCCCAAGCGCAAGAGUCCACUAAAGCCGCUCGCCACGGAUGACAAUGCCAUCGAGUAUGAACACCAGCUGGCCACUAGCCAGGCAAAGCCGGAGCGCGAGAGCCGCUCGCUGUUCGGCCGUCGCGACAAGGAGAAAGACAAGGAGAAGGAUAAGGAUAAGGAUAAGGAUAAGGAGAAGGAGAAGCGCAGCCGCAGCGAGGAUCGCAACAAGCUGACGCGCGAGUUCUCGCUGACGGAGACGCUGCUGGUGAAUGCCAAGGACACGCUCAAGAAGCACAAGGAGGACAAGGACGAGAAGAAAGAGAAGGACAAGAGUGGCAAGAAACAGCACAAAAUACGACGCAAACUUCUCAUGGGCGGCCUGAUACGCCGCAAGAAUCGCUCCAUGCCCGAUCUCACCGAGGCCGUCGACGAUGCUGCCGGCGCCGCCGCCACCAAUGCCAGCCCACAUGCCACGCCCACGGCGCCAUUGACCAGCUCCGUGGACGACAGCGCCGUCGGCCUGAGCCUGCACGGCCAUGCCAAGCACGGCCACGCCUACAAUGCCGCCUUGGCCAUGAGCAGCGGCUACAUCUCGGAGGGGCAUUUCGACUACUCGAAGAACGGCGGCGGCCAGAAUCCGCAGUCGAUGUCGGCGCAGUCGAGCGCCAAUCCGAAUCUGGAGCGCAGCAAGCUGAUGCGCAAGAGCUUUCACGGCAGUGGCCGGCAGCUGACCAUGGUGCCCAAGGUGGCCCCGCCGCCGCCCAUGCGAACCAGCUCCUCCCUGACCCCCCAGCAACAGCAGCAGCAGCAGCAGCAGCAACAGUUCCAUCACGAGGCCAAUCUGUCGAACAUCUCGGCCAUGAGCUCGAAUACAUCGAUUAGCGAGGAUUCGUGCCAGACGAUCAUCACGACCUGCGCCCAGGUGCACUCCGAGCAAAGUCCGCUCAAGGAUCUCCAGCUACAGAUGACGCCCUACGACGAACUCGACGGCCUGGCGCUGCCCAUGACCAUGCCGCCGCCCCCACCGCCGCCGCCAUUAGAGCUGCCGCCGUAUCCGAGUCCGCCGCAAUCGGUGUGCCAUUCGCGGCAGGCCAGCGAGGAUUUUCCACCACCGCCGCCGCCCGAGAUCGAUCUGGAGCCGCUCAACCAGCAGCUGAGCCAUCUGCACGCCUUGGAGGCGGCCAGCAAGCAGCAGCGCCAGCAGCUGGACUCGCUGGAGGGCACCACCAGCAUUCUGGCACAGCUGCAGCAGCGACAGCAUCUGCUCAAGUUGCGCAAGGAGCAGGCCACGCCCAUGCCCGAUCUCAGAGCAAUGCAGCGCAAGCAGGAGGCGUCCUCGCCCAACAGCGUCCGAGAUCUGGCCCAUCGCUUCGAGCAGACCAGCUCCGGCAGCACAAUGCGCUCCUAUGCCUCCCAAGAGCUGCUGAGUCCCGGAUCCAGUUCCGGCGCCCAGCUGCGCACACAGAUGAACGGCCUGCCCAACGGCAAGCCGGAAACGGAUGAGGUGGACUGUGCGCCCGUCCGACAGCAGCUGCUGCUGCCGAAGCCCAAGUACGAAAUGUCGCAGUCGCAGAUUGCCGAGGAGAUACGCGAGGUGGAACUUCUCAACACAAUGGUGCAGCAGACGCUCAACCAGACCAAUUUGGCACCACAGAAGCGCGUGAAAAAGAAGAGCGUCUCGUUCUGCGACCAGGUCAUUCUGGUGGCCACCGCCGGCAACGAGGAGGACGACGAUUUCAUACCCAAUCCCAUACUGGAGCGCGUGCUGCGCACUGCCCAGCAUCCCAACGAGAAGGUCACUGCGCAGCUCAUUCAGCAGCAGCAGCAGAAUAUGCUGCGAUUGCAGACGGAACCGCAGCCGCGACACCAGCAACAGUUGCCGCCACAGCAGCAACAGUUGCAACAACAACAGUCGUCGCCCAUGCUGGGCAGGCCAGAUAUGCAGCGUUAUGUGCAGCGACAGCAGCAAUUGCUGCAGCAACAGCAACAUCAGCAACAGGAGCUGUUUCGCCUGCAGCAGCAGCAACAGUUGCAGCAGCAGCAAUUGCAGCAGCAACAGUUGCAGCAGCGCACCAGCAUGAGCGGCCUUUCGAGCCAGCAACAGCAGCUGGAUGCACAGUACACGAGCAUGCCCAGGCCCCCACUGCAUCAGCUGCCCCAAAGCUAUUCCGUGCAGAAGCAGCAGCUGCAGCAGCAGCAGCAGCAACAGUUGCAGCAACAGCAGCAACAGAUGAGCCUCGCCUACUUCAGCAAUGGCAACGUGGCCGAGCAGCCGCUGCCCUCGCCCUAUCAGCGCGUGCCCCUGCCGCAUGGUUAUCAGCAGCAGCAGCAGCAGCAGGCCACAGCCGGCUACUAUGCGCCCCCGCAGCAACAGCAGCAGCAACAACAGCAGCAGCAGCAGCAGCAGCAACAGCAGCAGCAGCUGGUCAAUGGCAAGCCAGCGCAGAAGAAGGUCAGCUUUGAGCCCGGCACCAAGGGCGAAACGGAGGGUCUACCUCUACCACCGCCAACAUCUCAGUCGAAGUUGUCGCUGCAGAACGGUCUGCCGGAGUCGGCGGCCGGGAUCACAGCCAUCAUACCCACCCGCGUCUACAACAAUGCCAUUGUGAAGGCCUCCGCGAAGGCUGUCGAAUGCAAUCUGUGCCGCAAGCGGCACGUGAUUGCGCCCGCCGUCUACUGCACCAACUGCGAGUACUAUCUGCAGAUGCUCAACCAGCGCAGAUGAUGAUGAUGAUGCAGUGCAUCCUGAGGAGAAGUGUAAAUAGAGCCAAAAGGAAGCAGCAGCAGCUGCGGAUGGCGGAGCAACAGUCUCUUUUAUGUUAGCGCAUAGAUGUCCGAACUGUUACAGCCACGCCUACGGCCACGCCUACUGCACGCACGCACACACACACACACACACAUGUUCCCAGCACACACACAUAUAUGCUUACCUGUCCAUAUAUAUAACACACGUCGCUCGCAACGAACAUUAACAUUAGCUGCAAGAACAACAACAACACAUGACUAACUCCAUCCAGCCAGGCUUCCGCAAACCUCUUAUAUAUUAUUUUUAUGCAUAUUUGCUGAUUUUUUUUAAUAUAACAUUUAAGUUAAGAUCGUCUUUUUUUUUUUUGCUAGCCCUACGCAAGUUUGAAACUCAGCCGCUGAGCUUCCGCCGCCGGAAAGUUGUCGAACGACUACCGGAAGAGUUUUUUUUUUAUACAAUAUGCCUUUUAUAUAUCGUAAGCAUUUAUUUUAUUUUACUUUUUUUUUUUUUACUUAAUAAGCAUUUAGACAUAUAUUUUUUUUUUUUUUUGAAAUGCAUUUUAUUCGAUUGAUUAUUUAAUAGUGUUAAAUGUUUAUUUUUACAUACUUUAUAACGAUUUUUUAAGAUUUUUCUUUACAGAAAACCCAAUUGCACAAAUGAUGCGCGAAAAGAUAAGAAACGAAUGGUAAAAAUGAUUUGAAUAAAGUAAAAUAAAUAAAUAAA